AUGCCUCCCACCUUGGCAAUAGUGUUCUUCUUAGUUGAAUUUAGCCAUGGCUUUCAGAUGGGAGAACCCCACCAAGAUAUUGCAGCACAUAUCACUAAGCUCUCCACCAAACAUAAUGGAGACAUGCAGAGUAUGGCAUAUGGAUUACUUGCUUCUGUAGAUGCAAUAAAUGGUCUCUAUGUGUCAUUUUUUCCAGUGCUUAUAUAUUUUCUUAUGGGUACCUCUCGCCAUAUAUCUGUUGGUACAUUUGCUGUUGUAAGCAUGAUGUUGAGUAGUACUAUAGAGAAAUUGGAAACUGUUAAGGAGAGCAAUGCACUUUUACGUAAUGAUACUGUAAUAAGUUCACAGACUAUACAGACAAUUCAUAAUGAUUUUCCUACAAAUAUUGAAGUUUUAACCACAGUUAGUCUUGUUACUGGAGGAAUGCAGUUAUUAAUGGGAAUUUUGCACCUUGGAACAUUGACUGUACUUCUCUCUGAUAAUUUAGUAUCUGGUUUUUCAACUGGAGCUGCAGUUCACGUAGCAACUUCUCAAAUGAAAGAUUUGUUUGAUAUAAAUAUUGGAAAAUACAAUGGUCCAUUUAAAUUAAUUUAUGUAAGGAAUUAA